AUGGGUUCCUUACCGUCAGCACAUCAAUGGGGCUACUCUACUCCUGAGGUCUUUGAUCCAAAACAUGGCAAGAAAGCAAAUAAAACAAUAGAUAUUGGUCAAAAUGGGACAACUCUAUCAGCCAAUAUCUACGGACGACGUAUGCUCCAGAUGGUCAAUGAAGAAAGUGAAGGUUUCGGCUUAUGCAUUGGCAACAUUGGUUCGAGAACUGCUGUUGAUUUGACCGAAAUGAACGAAGCCCGCCUUGAUUUCGACACAAGAGGUGGUGCUGCGGUUCGUUACGUCGUAAGUGUUGAUGAAAAAGGGCGACUUAAUCAGAGAGCCCAUAUCGUCAACACUACCAGCCAAGAAAUUCAGGUUGAAUAUCAGGUCAACCUUCGGCUGAGUGUUCAUCGAGCCUCGUACGGACAACUUACUGAAGGUGGCCCGAUUCCGCUACCAGAGUGUGAAAAUGCUCUCCAGGUCAAUGCUAAGGAAUCUUCUUUUAUCAUAAGGAAUAGAUUUCUCGGAGCUCACCUUAGCGGCCAAUUAGAUAUGGAUGGCAUUCCUGCACCACUGGUCGGCUUGACAGAUAUAACCCGGUCGGGUUUGCUGACCGGUGUAUCUACAACAUAUCAGUCUAUCUCUAUUGCGCCGAACUCUGCAGUCACCAUCGGUCUAACUCUACAUCUGUCACCCGGAUUGAAUGAGAACCACAACUUUUCAGCACUGCCUUGUGUCAAUUCAAACGCUCUGGGAAAUGGAUUGGCAUGGAAGAAGCCAGAAACUGUUGAAACAUAUAUUGUUCGGCGUAAUGUUGACUACAUUCUCGGCAACUGCGCAAUCCCUGUCUCUGAAUCAGCAGUCUGGCGCCUGUUGCUUUUGACCCGGCGAAACUUGACGUCGUUAGUUACACCUACUGCGUACAAGCAGUACAUGGGACUUCUCGAUCAAACCAUCAAGGGACACUUAGAAUGGGUGUUUUUCAAGGCUGAGCGGCCCCAUAAAUUCUGGCACAGGUCAUAUGUCAUAACAGGCAAGCCGAAGGACGGGCCUGUAUAUCAGCUUGAUCAGCAGUGUUACCCCAUGCUAGAGCUCUGCGACUACUUUUCAGAGUAUCCUAGCGAAAGUAACUUCGUCGAGAAGAUUCUUUCCUCUCAAGUCGUCACAGAAAUUCUCGACCACAUUACCUCAAAACGAGACCUAGAUACAGGGUUAUUCCCUACUGAUGAGACCCCAGGCGACGAUGAAGUUAUAUAUCCGUUCCACUUUUCUAGCCAUGUGUUACUCUGGUACACUCUUUGCCAACUGGCUGACUUGAUCCACUCGGUGCCGACGGCUUUGAGAGAUCUGGCGGAUAGAUUGCAAUCACUUGCAGAUGAGGUUCGCUCGCAAACGAUGCAACAUUUCCUGAUAACCGACCCCGAUUUCGGACAUACAAAGAUAGCCUACUUGGUAGAUGGUCAUGGCAAGCACACAUUCUAUCAUGAUGGGAAUGAUAUCCCAACUGCUUUUGCUGCCAGUUGGGGAUUCUUCUCCACCAAGAAGGAUCUAGAGGCGUGGUACAACACAAUGAGCUUCGCCCUAUCAGAGGAGAACAGCCUGGGAUACAGCUCAGGAGGGCCCUUUGCAGGACUUGGAAGUGUCCAUUCACAAGGGCCUUGGCCGCUUGGGUACUUUCAAGAGAUGUUGUAUGCAGAUGUCAGAGGUAACAAACGGGCAAAGGCGGAUGCUCUGCAGCGGAUUAUUGGUGCCAUGCAAUGGGACGGAACCUUUGGAGAAGCGGUAGACGUUAAGACGGGGGAGACCACAAGCAAAGCCUGGUUUAGCUGGCCAGGCUCCAUGAUAGCGACGGCUAUUAUCGACAGCCCAGAGUCAAAAUAA